AUGCCUCUCGCCGAAUCCUUCAAGCUCAACACAGGCGCCUCCAUUCCCGCCAUUGGCUUCGGAACAUUCCAAGCGAAACCUGGCACCGUCGAGAAGGCCGUCGAGAUUGCCUUGCGAAAUGGCUACCGUCACAUCGAUGGCGCCGCGGUUUAUCGAAACGAACAGGGUGUCGGAGCAGGCUUGCGCAACAGCGGUGUCCCUCGCGAGGAGGUCUUCUUGACCAGCAAAGUGUGGAACAACUCUCACCGAGCAGAGGAUGUUAAGAAGGCGCUGGACAAGACCUUGAAGGACUUGCAAGUGGACUACGUCGACCUGUAUUUGGUGCACUGGCCUGGCGCCUUCGCUGCAGGUGACGAGUUCUUCCCGUACGACAAGGAUGGAGUCCUUCGGCUUGAAGACACUCCUGCAACCGAGACCUGGAAAGGCAUGGAGCAGGUGUUCAAGGCAGGCAAAGCCAAAGCUAUCGGCGUGUCCAACUUCAACAUCCGUCGUCUGGAAGAACUUCUCGAAGUCGCUGAAGUCGUUCCGGCCGUCUACCAGAUCGAAGCCCACCCGUACAUCCAGCAGAAGGAGCUGAAGGAGUUCUGCGAGUCGAAGGGCAUCCUCAUCCAGGCGUACAGUCCACUCGGCAACAACGAGACCAACUCGCCGCGAACAAUCGACGAUCCGAGAGUACAAGAGCUCAGCAAGGAGCUGGGUAUGGAUGCCGGCCAAGUUCUGAUCGCGUGGGCGAUUCAGCGGGGUACCAUCGUACUGCCCAAGGGCGUGACCGAGCACCGUAUCAUCAGUAACUUCCAGGUGAAGGAGUUGCCGAAGGAGGCCUUCGACCGACUCAAUGCGAUGGAGAAGCACCAUCGGUACAACGAUCCGAGUGGAAAAUGGGGCCACGAUAUCUUCGACGAGUUCGGCGGCGACGAGGCGGCCCAGCAGAGCGCUCGAGAGAAAGGUCCAGAGAAGUUGAAGGAGCUCCAGAAGUGA